CCCCGCCGCCCCCGCCGCGCCGCCGCCCGAGGCCGAGCGCGGACGCCGAGCGUGGGAGCCAUGGCGCGCGAGGAGGACGGGGACCCCGAGCGCCGGGAGGCGGCGGCGCGGGCCAGCGGCGACGAGGAGGAGGACGACGGAGAGGAGGGACUGAGCGACAGCGACGACGAGGACGAAGACCGGGAGACCGGCGGCAGCCGCGAGGAGGAAGGGGAGGCGGCGGCGGCCGCCGGCCAGGAGCGCAGCGAGGACACGCCGCCGCCGAGCGCAGAGCCGCCUCCAGCCGCGGUCCCCGCCGCGGCCGCCCGCGACCGGAGCGGCCGCCGCCCGCCGGGGCCCCCAACGGGGCCGCCGCCCUGCCUCCCGAGGAGGAUGCCGCCGUCGCCCGACGAGGAGGAGCGCGAGCGUCGCCGGAGCCGCCGAAGGGACCUUCUGCUGAGCCAGAUCUGCUUCCUGGCCUUGGUGGCGCUGCUGCUCUGGUCGCUGUCGAGCAUGCAGGAGCACGACGACCUCGACUUCAUGGACCUCAUCGGGCAAGACAGACAGUGGACGGUGGGGAGGAAGUUAAUGCAGGUGAACGACACGCUGACUUCCGAAGACACGGGGCUGCGGAGCAGCAAGAACUGCACUGAACCAGCCCUGCACGAGUUCCCCAGUGACAUCUUCACCAAUGAGGACAGAAGGCAGGGGGCAGUCGUCCUCCACGUGCUCUGUGCCAUGUACAUGUUCUACGCACUGGCUAUUGUGUGUGAUGACUUCUUUGUCCCCUCCUUGGAAAAGAUCUGUGAGCGCCUGCACCUCAGUGAGGAUGUGGCAGGAGCCACGUUCAUGGCGGCGGGCAGUUCGGCCCCAGAGCUGUUCACAUCGGUCAUAGGCGUCUUCAUCACCAAGGGCGACGUGGGAGUGGGCACCAUCGUGGGCUCCGCGGUGUUCAAUAUCCUGUGCAUCAUUGGUGUCUGUGGGCUCUUCGCAGGGCAGGUGGUGGCUCUCUCCUCCUGGUGCCUGCUGAGGGACUCCAUUUACUACACGCUGUCUGUGGUCGCACUCAUCGUGUUCAUUUAUGACGAACAGGUGUCCUGGUGGGAGUCUUUGGUCCUGGUGCUGAUGUACCUCGUCUACAUUGUCAUCAUGAAGUAUAACGCCUGCAUUCAUCAGUGCUUCGAGAGAAGGGCCAAGGGAGCCGGGAACAUGGUCAACGGCUUGGCCAACAACGCUGAAAUCGAUGACAGCAGCAACUGCAAUGCCACCGUGGUGCUACUCAAGAGAGCCAAUUUCCACCGCAAAGCGUCAGUGAUCAUGGUAGACGAGCUGCUGUCGGCCUACCCACACCAGCUUUCCUUCUCUGAGGCUGGCCUUCGAAUCAUGAUCACCAGCCACUUCCCCCAGACCAGACUCUCCAUGGCCAGUCGCAUGCUGAUUAAUGAGAGACAAAGACUGAUAAACAGCAGGGCUUACGCCAAUGGAGAGUCCGAGGUGGCCAUCAAAAUCCCCAUUAAGCACACGGUGGAGAACGGGACGGGGCCCAGCAGUGCCCCGGACAGAGGCGUGAACGGGACCCGGAGGGACGAUGUUGUUGCCGAGGCUGGCAAUGAGACGGAGAACGAGAACGAGAACGAUGAGAACGACGAGGAGGAGGACGAGGAGGACGAGGAAGGACCAUACACGCCCUUCGACCCCCCCUCUGGCAAACUGGAAACAGUGAAAUGGGCAUUCACCUGGCCCCUGAGCUUUGUCUUGUACUUCACGGUCCCCAACUGCAACAAACCCCGCUGGGAGAAGUGGUUUAUGGUGACUUUCGCUUCCUCCACAUUGUGGAUCGCAGCCUUCUCCUACAUGAUGGUUUGGAUGGUCACAAUCAUUGGUUACACGCUGGGAAUUCCUGAUGUCAUCAUGGGAAUCACCUUCCUGGCGGCCGGAACCAGCGUGCCCGACUGCAUGGCCAGCCUCAUCGUGGCCAGACAAGGCAUGGGGGACAUGGCCGUGUCCAACUCCAUCGGGAGCAAUGUCUUUGACAUCCUCAUCGGCCUCGGUCUGCCCUGGGCCCUGCAGACCCUGGCUGUGGAUUACGGCUCCUACAUUCGGCUGAACAGCAGGGGACUCAUCUACUCCGUGGGCUUGCUCCUGGCCUCUGUCUUUGUCACGGUGUUUGGCGUUCACCUGAACAAGUGGCAGCUGGAUAAGAAGCUCGGGUGCGGGUGCCUUUUCCUGUAUGGCGUGUUCCUGUGCUUCUCCAUCAUGACCGAGUUCAACGUGUUCACCUUCGUGAACCUGCCCAUGUGUGGGGACCACUGACCCGCGGCCGCCGCCCAGCCUCGGCUCCUCCUCUCUGUGCAAUAUGAGGCCGGCGCCCGAGUUGCGGCCCCGCCCAGCGUUAUCUCCCGCGCUGCUCACCGGCCUCCGCCCCCGCUGGGUGGCCCCGGCCUCCUCGCCCCGCCCCCAACCCCGCCCCUCCCCCGAGCUCCGCCCCUAUCCCCGCCCCUCCACCCCCAGCCGCCCUGGCUCCGCCCUUCCGCCUCUGAGUGAAGACUUCCGACCUCCGCCUGAAUUUUCCAGCUCCGUUUUUGAACAGCGACUGAGAUUCUAGGAAAACUGGCUGCUAACUGGCCUCAGCCAGGCGAAACUGAGUACAUCCCUCCUCCUUUUUUAAGUUAUUGGAUGGAAGACCAGCCUAAUUUAUAACGUGAGACUGUGGAUGGAAGGAGAGGGUACUUGGAGGGAAGGAAGUGUUGGGAUUUCCUGAUGUUUGGAGAUGAUCUCUAGAUAACUGGGUCAGGGGGUUGUUUGGUUUUAGCAGCACCCCCUUUUCUUGCUGUUCUUCCAGAGAUUGAGGAUUUUUCUUGCAUCUUCGUUCCCUGGGCUCUGGAUCCCUCGAUGACGCACAGGUGUCCCAGCUGCAUCCUGUGGGCUCAAGUCCCAGGAGCAUUGGAGCUUGGUGGAUUUAGUGCUGAUCAGAGGAGCAGCCAGGCGAGGCCCCUGGAUCAGAUGCAUGACGCGUCACACCCAGGGGCUCCCCCAAGUCCCACAGGUGUUACCUGGGUCGCAAGGUUUUCCAGAAAGGAGACAGCUCCCCACCUGUGCAUUUCCGCCAUCCCUUUCUCUCCGUUCUUUCUAGCCUCUCAAGCAAUAGUUCUAGCCUGCCGGGGGUCUUUGAGAGCCCCUGGUAAACCAUCCAUGUGUGAGCGCCAGGCAGUCUUCGGCAGAAGCUUGCCCGCCUGUGAGUCCCUGACCUGUGCUCUCUUUGCUUGGCGUUUGCGGUGACAGGGAGUGACCCAGAGGCCACCACUGCUUUACGUGCAGGAGUUACAGACACUGGUUUCUUGGGAAAUGGAGAGAAGCGCACUUUGCACAGACGUCGCCACUUGGUAUUGAGUACACUGGACCCUGACCCCCGGCUCUGGGGCCCGCGUCCUUCCUCGCGGCAUGCAGAGGCCCAGCGGCUCCAGCUCCACCCCUCCGUUCCGGGAGGGAAGGCAGGCGCAGGAAGGAGAAAACAGAACUGACACCUUCGGAACCGCAGAAUGUGUUCAAUGCAGACUCGCUCCAGCUCAAGGGCAUAAGUUAUUGUGAACGUUGUUGCCAAUCACUGCUCAACGGCCCUGCUAGGUUCUGUCUGAUGCUGAAUUAUUAUGCAGAUAAUUCCACCGAGUUGAGACCCACCCAUGCUUGUUACACUUGUAUUUAUUGAAACUGUGGAUUCUUGCCUGUGCUGCCCCUUGUAUUUACUUUAAGCACUGAUCACUUAUUCAUUCGGUAUGGUUUUUCCUAUCCCUUGUACACAUCCCGGUAUGAAUUGUACAAAUAACCUGCUACGAAUGGGUUGAAUGUUCCUGUCGGUGGUGCAGACCGAGGCCGGCAUUCGCCGCCGCCAGGGCACCCGACAGCUGGAGGAGCGGGAGAGGAAAUCACCGCUUUGGGCUCUCAGAGCUAAGACACACUUAAGGAUUCUCUUACACAUUUUGCACUGGUUUAUGGCGAUUGUUUUCUUGGACGGAUAGUGUAAAAUAAACUUCUCUGUUCUGUAUCCUUC